GUACUUGUGUGUACGCCUAAAGUCUUAAAACAAACGACAUUAUUAAAGUACACCACUACUGACAAGAAAACAGAAAGAAACUUGAAUGGUUUAGGAAAUAAUCAAUUUCAAACGAUCGUCUUAAGAAAUGACGAUGAUGAUGUAAAUGCUGUGAGCGAUAAUUUGGAUAGAUUGGCAUUGAAAAAAGACAAAACACUUGAAACUGUAGUUUCUGCGGAAGUGUACAGAGAACAGGGAAAAAAGGUGCAAGACUUAUUUCAAAACUUUCUAAAAGCAGAGAAAGCUAUGAAAGCUGUUAAUUUAGAAAAUCUACAAGAUAAAGGCGAAUUAUUAAAAAAUAGGCAUAAAAAAUUAAAAGAGGAAUUAGACAAGGAGCGAACUCUUUUCAACCAAAUGUCUGUAAAUAAUGAUAAAUCUACAAACCCUUUGGCUUGGGAAGAUCUUCAGCUAGGUUCAGUAGCAGUUCAACCAAAAACUUUUGGACGCCAAGCCCUAGAGACGUAUAAUUCACAAAAAGCAUUAACAAUGGAUCGUCUUCAACAAUUACAUGGCUCUUUGAACACUGCUCCUGAUGAAAAUAUAUUUGCUGAGCCUCCAAAAAAGUUAAAAGUAGAAUUAAUGCCCCAUCAAAGAAGAGCUUUAGCUUGGCUAAUUUGGAGAGAAAAGCAAAAACCAUCUGGAGGAAUUUUAGCUGAUGAUAUGGGUUUAGGCAAGACAUUAACAAUGAUUUCCCUUAUAUUAAAAGACAAACAAGAACAAGAAGAAGAGAAUCAAAACCAUGGAAACAAUUCAGAAGAUGAAGAAAAUAGUGAACGAAGAGGUUACAAAUAUAAGGGUGGAACAUUGGUCGUGUGCCCUGCCAGUUUAGUACAGCAGUGGGAGGGUGAAGUAGCCAAACAUGUAAAGAAAAACAUUCUUGGUAUUGAACUUUAUUAUGGGACUAAUAGAGAACAGAGAGCGAAAAGGUUGGCGAGGCAGGAUAUGGUUAUAACAACAUAUGGUUUAGUUAAAACCGAUUCAGAUAAAAACGGCCCUCUGUUUAACGUUCGUUGGAAGCGUAUUAUACUGGACGAGGCGCAUCAAAUUCGGAAUCACAAAACACAGUCAUCGGUGGCUGUUUGCAAUUUAUCUGCUAAAUCAAGGUGGGCUUUAACCGGUACCCCCGUUCAUAACAAAGAAUUGGAUCUGUAUUCGCUAUUAAAAUUCCUUAGGUGUAGUCCUUUUGAUGAUUUAGGGGUUUGGAAAAGGUGGAUAGAUAGAAAGGAUAGUGGAGGGCAGCUAAGACUCAAUACUGUCAUAGCUUCUUUGCUUCUAAGACGAACCAAAGAGCAGCUGUAUCAAAAAGGUGCAUUGGACUGUCUCCCUAAGAAACAGUGGGAUUUAAUAACAGUAAAUUUCGAUAAAGAGGAGCUGAAUGUGUAUCAAAAGAUUCUGUUAUUUUCAAAAGCUCUUUUUCACCAGUUCUUAUGUCAAAAGGCGUACAAAAAUGCCGAUCGUGCCAUGGAAGCAUACGGACCCAGUACAGGUAAAUUUAAACAUUUUGUGUAUUGUAGUUUUUGGAUUUUCUAUUUUUUAGAUAACUCAAACAAAGAAAAUAUGUAUAUGAAAAUGCACAAAAUGUUAAAAGUGCACAUGAAUGUUAAAGAAGUCAAGCAAACUGAUAUUUUGGUUCUUUUAUUAAGAUUGAGACAGAUAUGUUGUCAUCCUUCAUUAAUUAAAGGUAUGCUAUCUGAAGACGAAUGUGACGGUCUAAGUGGAGACGAAAGUUUAGAAGAAUUAAACAUUUUGGAUAAGCUUCAGAAUUUAAAUUUAAAUGAAGAGUUAGAUAACCAAGAGGAACAGCAAAAUGUGGCAGAAGGAUUGAGUACUAAUCAAGAAGAAGUACCACUUGCAGAAGCUGCCAAAAGCAUACUUAGUUCUUCUAAUCCAGUUUUUUCCAAGGACAGGAAAAGCAGUAAGAUAAAUGCUAUAUUAAACCGUUUAAAGGACAUAAUGUCCACUGGAGAUAAAGCUGUUGUCGUUUCACAAUGGCCUACGUUACUUCAAUUAUUCGGUAUUCACCUUAAGGAGUAUGGGAUCGUUUUUGAUCAAUUUGAUGGUAGCCUUCCUAUGCUUAAACGACAAGAAGUUGUUACAAAAUUCAAUGACCCUUAUAGCAAAACAAGGGUACUUUUAUUGUCUUUGACUGCUGGCGGGGUAGGCCUUAAUUUGGUUGGAGCAAAUCACCUGCUCUUAACCGAUUUACAUUGGAACCCUCAACUUGAACAACAAGCUCAAGACAGAAUUUACAGGGUUGGGCAGAAGAAAUCAGUGAACAUAUACAAGUUUAUGGUUGUAGACUCGAUAGAAGAAAGAAUUAAAGGAUUACAGGACAAAAAAAUGGACAUGGCAGAAAAUGUGUUAACUGGUGCCAAAACAAAUCAAAAUAAACUUUCUUUGAAUGAUCUCAGAAUGUUAUUUGAAAUGUAGUUACUUUUUUCAUAUGCAAACUAUUUUUACGCUGUAUAAAUGUUUUAUAUUUUAUUUUAGGUAAUAACCCCUUUUCUACAGAAUGAUUUUAGUUAUUUUUCAUAAUAUAACGUAACAAAAGAUAACUUGAGGUUUGAUUUUUAAUUGUCCUACAUUUUAUGACAAGGAGAAUAGCUUUUAGUUUUAAUCAAACUGUAUUUAUGACCAUACUUUUGUAACAACUUCAUUUUUACUUUAAUAAAUCCACAACAUUUUGCAACUGGAUGGAUGUUAGUCGUUCUGUGUAUGAACAGAAAUAUACAAAAAACAUUAUACUACAUUUAGCUUUUAGUAAGUAAUUUGUCGAAACUACUAGACGU